UGAGAAUAAGCAUAAAGCUCAUCUGAUUUGAGUAAAUAAUGGGACAGGUGUACGUUGGAGGAGAUUUGGGUGAAGUUAUAAAAUCCAGAAAGUAUCGGUAGGAGGAAAAAUUGGGGGCAGUAUGUCGAAUUCUCGAGGUGGUGGUGUACGUAGGGCUAUUCAAGGCCCAGAGUUUGAUCCUUCGUCUGAUGAGUCACAGUAUCCUGUGCCAGCGCAUGUACCAACAGAGGCACCUAGUCAGGAUUUCUUUCGGUAGUUUAUGGCCGCGAUGAUGCCUCAACAGAGGAGUUUCAUUGAUGCUGUGAUGCGGCAUAACCCACCAACAUAUUCUGGUUCAGUGGAGCCAGGAGUCCUUGAGUUUUGGGUUGAAAAGAUGGAAAAAUAUUUCGUGUUGUUCAGGUUCCGCCAGAUCAACGAGUUAAUAUUGGAGCCUAUUUCUUGGAAGGCCGAGCAAAUCGGUGGUGGUUAGGUGAAGAAGCUGCAGGUGUAGACCAAGUGGAUAUGACUUGGGAUGAAUUUAAAGCAAAGUUAAAGGCUAGGUUUAUACCGUCGCAUAUUCGAAAAGCGAAGAAGCAAGAAUUGCUGGACUUAAAGCAGGGCUCGAUGUCAGUUGAGGAUUAUUUUGUGAAGUUUAAUGAGUUGGAGACGUAUGUUCCUGACUACUUUUCCUGUGAGCGAGACAGAAUUGACCAUUUUGUAGACGGGUUGCAACACAGAAUUCAAGAAGCUUUAGCGGUGUUGGAUAUCAGUUCAUUGUAUGAGGCUUACGAGCGUGCUGCCCGAUUUUAUCAGAAGCAGGAAGUCAGACAAAAGGAGAGUGAGAAGGAAAUAGGUUAUCAACAUCAGGUUCGAGAUAAGGGAAAAGCUAAAGUGGAGGAUGAGCCCAAGGGUAAAAAGAAAUGGUGGCAAAUGUUCAGGUCUGGGCCAUCGUAUAAGGGGAUUUCGAUUAAUGAACCGAGUCAGGAGAGGUCUCAGCAAUCGGGGGCUGUUUGUCGGCGUUGUGGAACAAGCCACCCAGGUACUCGUUGUGAUAAAGUUCCAUUGACAUGUUUUAAAUGUGGUGGUAGUGGUCACAUUGCCAGGUUAUGUCCAAGUGUGGUAACUGCAAGGGAGUUUCCAGAACCGAGGUUUAGGCCAUGGCAGCCGCCGUCUUCGCAGUCACAAGGGAAAGGAUUAGGAUCAUCUUGGCGAGGGGGACGAAGUCAGUCACGUUCGUCAUCUAGGCAGCCAGGCAGAGGACCUGACCAGCGUGGACGAAUAAAUGUUCUUACCCAAGCAGAAGCUGAUUAUCAUCCAGGUGUACGUUGGAGGAGAUUUGGGUGAAGUUAUAAAAUCCAGAAAGUAUCGGUAGGAGGUACGCAUGGCACCUCCGGGACAGGGGACGUCUCGGGAGAUAGAAAGACGGGCUGAAUGAGUGAACUGCAUCUGAUGUAUUAUAUGUAAAUUCUAACUAGAAAAACCUCCCGUUUUGGGAGUAUGUUUUUGUAAAUAUUUAUAAACUUGUUUUUUUUGGGAAUAAUAAAAUGCUUAUAUAAUUAAUUUUAGCCUUAACACUGUGUUGUGGGGCCCGAAGUAGGAGGUGACGACCUCAUGAUGCAGUGUGGCGGUAGCAUUUCCAGUAUGAGC